CGGCUAAGGUUGUGCUUGUGCAGCGCGAUCAUCUAACUCUCAAUGCCUCCAGUGCACUGGAUUUCUGCUGCGCGCUCAUUUUCUCACUUAUUUCCUGCUAUUUGGCUGCCGGUCGUGUUCUUUGCAGGCGGUUUUUGUGCAAUUCCUCUGAAACAGGGCCCUGUCAACCACCAUGCGUGCCUACCGCUACUUGUCGAUCGCACCGCUCGUUGCUUUAGCAGCCGCACAGGGCAAAUGCCGUUUUGCAAAUGGUACUCUCUUGCCAAACGACCCGGCAUGGAAUAUCUACCAGCCUUGUCUUGCUGAGAAUGGACCGGUCACCACAUGUUGCGCACUUGCACGCUCAAACCCGCCGUAUGGCAAUAUCUCGGUAGGUUACACACAGGAUGAAUGCCUACCGAACGGACUGUGCAUGAACAGGAUAACGAGUAAUGGGGGACAACGGAUAACGACUUGGGUAGGCUUAGACUCUUCUCUGUAUGGUACUGAAGGUGUCUAACAUGUGACA